AUGAAUCUACGUAGGCUGCUCGAGCAAUCGCGUGCAAAUAUCGACACCAAUUCGAGAACGUUGUCCAGUAGCAGCGAUGCAUCCAGCAGACAGUUCUUCGACAUGCUCGGCGAGGUUGUGCAGCCAGCGAGCCUGACCCAUAGUGCUUCGCCUUCAUAUCAUGAGACUGUACGAGCGACAAUACCGUACACACAAUCGGCAUUGGAGUUCGAGUUGAUGUGCAAGCAUCCGAAUGCAUACCAAAUCCUCGAGCCUCACGGGCCUUCAGAAGCUGUCGCGAACGCUCUGCUGACUUUCGCCGAAUCGCCAUUCCGGUCUCAGUUGACUAUCGGCGAAGUCAGUCCACCGUCGAGGCUGCGGCAAAAGCAUGCCCUCUGUGAUGCCAGCCUUCGAGACCUCCAAAUCUCCUACUGGACGACCGUGCCUGUUUCCAACGAUACCGCUGCCUCGAUUAUCUCCCUGUACUUGGAGAACAUGCAUCCCGUCCUCGGUACCUUUGACGCCGAUCUGUUCCUCGGUGAUCUCCUUGCCCACAAGCUCCGAUUCUGCUCGCCAUUCCUCGUGAACGCAGUGCUCUACUAUGGAUGUCACCCAUAUACGGUCUUCGACGCUACUGCACCAAGCCUCGCUUGGCAGUUGUACGACGAGGCGAACAAGAUGUGGGAGGCUGAUCAGAGUACCGACUCGCUACUCCAUGUUGCCGCGUUGGCCAACAUGGCCUAUGCCGGCUCGAGCAAUGGGCACGACAAAGAUGGAAUGAAAUAUCUGAAGCUCGCUCGCAAGAUGGCAGACCGAUUGGGUCUGGAAGAUGGCGACCCAGAUUCUGCUCCACAUGUGUCAGAAACCAACCCGCUGAGCGACGACACUCGAUCACGAGCACAUAUUGCUUGGGGUUAUUUCUGCGUCACUUGCGGGUACGCUUUCUACUAUCAACAUCCGCCCACCAGAGCCACCCCGUCUCUUUUCAUCCCGGGCUCACCAGGGUUCAAGCUGCCCUCGUACAUGGGAACAACAAUCAACCACAUCUGCAAAUUCUGGCGUCUCUGCCGAGAAAUCGUUAUCCUGUAUUCCGGCGCGCCCGAAAACACGGCCGAACGCGUGCCACUAGCAGCCAUGGAAUCCAAGUAUCAGCAGCUGCUUGCACUUGCUGAAGAGUUCGCGGUCGAGCCUUCCCAGGGCACGCGAGUGCCACAUCACAUAGCGAUCUUCCAUCCCGAAAGCAUCUCGGCUGCAUCCUUGCGACAGCUCAAACGACUCAUGAUCGAGAUGCGGCUCUACUAUUCGCAAGCGAUAUAUAACAUCUACUGGCAUCCGUCCUUGCUAUUCAUCGCCAACGCCGUCCUCGCGAAUUCGGCAAACGACCCGGAAUGGCAGUUCUACUUCAUGGCUUGCCUCUACGGAUACGGUGUGUUGAGCACCGCGUACCCUGUUGCGAGCUUGUGCUUCAAAGGCCUGUUGGCCCUCGCAGUGGAGUCUGGCAAGAUGCCAGCGUCACGAGCUCGAUUCCUCGCGCAAGAGCUGUCACGACAUGGGGAGCAGCAUGAUCCGACGAAAUCAUAUUCGGGCAUUCAGAUGAAUCUCGAUGUGGGCGAGUUGAAGGAGAGGCCGGGGACUGUGGAGGAAUUGGCUUCGAGAUUGGAAUCAACUGUGCUUGCUGAGACGGACGAUGCGGAAGUUGAAGAUGAUGCUCUGUUUGAUGAGUUGAUCAAUUUUAGUUGA